AUGUCUCUGUUUCCGAUGUUAACCGCCUCGUUUCUCUUCUUCCUCUGUUUCACUCCGCCGUUCAUCACCGCCGCUACAGACGACGAUCUCCCGACGGCUUACUCUAUCCUCCAAAGCUACAACUUCCCCGUGGGAAUCCUCCCUAAAGGAGUCGUAUCAUAUGAUCUGGAUAAAUCCACAGGGAAGUUCCACGCGUAUUUCAACAAGUCGUGUAGCUUCUCUCUUCAAGGCUCUUACCAAUUGGAUUACAAGUCGACAAUCUCCGGUGUCAUAUCGGAGAAUAAGCUCACGAAGCUUACCGGCGUGAAGGUGAAGGUUCUCUUCUUGUGGCUUAACAUCGUGGAGGUUCUCAGAAAAGGAGAGCAGCUCGAAUUCUCCGUCGGGAUCACGUCGGCGAAUUUUGAGAUCGGAGAGUUUUAUGAGUCGCCGCAGUGUGGUUGCGGGUUUGAUUGCAAUGGAUUGAAAUUGGGAAUUGAGAGUUUGGGAAGAAGAAGAAACUCUUUUGUCUCUUCGGUCUGAAGGAGUUUGACUUUUUUUUUACAGAAUCUCAACCUUUUGGAUGCUUUUACCAAUCAGUUAUGUUUUUUUCUUUUUUAAUGUUUCUGUGGUUGUCUGUUUCAGACCAAGACCAACCAAUGUGUUAAUUAAUGUCCAUGAGAAAUGUUAGUAGAUCUUUUACUUCUUUUUGAAUCAUUCAACAUAAUCUUAACAGAAGCAAGAAAAAAUGUCAAACUAUAAUAGCA